GUCGUGGUUAACACCGCACCAACCAAGCUGAGGAGUUGAAGUUCGAGACAUUCUCGACUGCCGGCUGCCGCCCCCUCUUCUACGGCUCCACUUCCAAGUGCCAAAGCGGCCACGCCACAACCACAACAAUGGCGCUUCCAGCGACCUCGUGGCUGCUCAUCUCCCUCCUCCUCGCCGUGACGCCAGCCCCUAGCACCUGUGAGGAGAGCGUGCGCAUCGCGGGCGCAGGCGGCUUGCUGCAGUGCUACCCGGCGCCGGCGCUCACCAACGCCACUAACGGCACGGCGUUUCGCGCCACCCUGCUCCCGCUCCUCGGCUCUCUCCCCUCCGCCGCCGCGCCCACGGGCUUCGCCUCCCUACGGUCCGUCACUCGCGGGGAGCGCGCGUUGGCGCGGGGGCUCUGCUUCGGCAACUCCACGGUGCCGUCCGAGUGCGCCCGGUGCCUGUCCGCCGCGGCUGGGAACCUCACAGCUGGCUGCGGCGCCACCAGCCGGCGCCCCGGCAUCUGGAGCGACCGGUGCUUCGUCGGCUACGCCGACACCAACGCAUCCUCGUCAAACGAGGACGGCUUCCGCGCGCGCGUCCUCCUCCCGGGCGACGACGCCGUCCCUCGCUCUGUGGCCAGCACCAAAUCCUUCUACUACGCCCACCUGCACGAUGUACUCGUCGCCAUGGAGAAGGACGUGGCGCGGCGCGCGGCCGCGAACAUCUCCGGGCCGCGGAUGCUGGCCACAGCGGAGGAGACCAACUCCGACAGCGCGGUGAGCAGAACAGUGCACGUUCUGGCGCAGUGCGGGAGGGACCGCACGGCGGCGGCCUGCGUCCGGUGCCUACAGAACUCGGUGCAGGCCGUGCACUGGGACCUCAACGCUGCCCGCGUCGACGGUGGCGUGGCGGCCGCGGUGGUGGGCUUCAACUGCUACAUGCGGUUUGAGGUCUCCACUGCAGUGGGUGGCGACACUAUCACUGGCGUUAUGCUACUGGUGGCAUUCGUGCUAUGUAUAUUUACAGGAGGCGCAUGUGGGUGUUUGUGUCCUGUACCCUGAUGAAGUUGAGAAAGAAGGAUAAAAUUCGUUGCAACGAUAUCAGAGAUCAGGAACGCAAUAAAACCUUAUGUUCCAAUUAAGUUUCUUAUUGCAUACUCUGUAUAUCUUAAUGGGAAACGCUUCCUCUCAGUAGUCUGAUAUGAAAGCUUUCCUCAUACCACUCCGGUAUCGUCGAUACAGUUUUAAGUUUUAGAGGCUGUUUGGAUCGCAGCCCUCGUCUUUUUUUUAAGCAAGAAAACUAGGUCUUUAUUGAUCAAUACCAAUAUUUACAGGAAAUGCGAUUGGGUCACUCGACGUGCCCAACCAAAUAUGGCGCCCGUAAGGUAGAGAAGUACCUGACCUAGCUAAUCUAUGAGCUUUAGUAUUUGAAGCUCGAGGUUCGAAAACAAAAUUACAAGAAGUAAAAAUUUUCACGGUUUCUAGGAUCUCCCUAAUAACACUUCCAUAGCUUCCU